CAAAAUGAGAAAAAUUGCUGUAAGCACCAGCAUUUUUUGUUUCCGCUCAGUCACUUCGCUCAGCUCUAGCUAUUCAAACGUUUAACAGAUUUGCUGUGCGAAAGUCAAAGAAAGUGCUGAUUCUAUAAGAAUAACGCCAAAAUGCAUUUGUGGCGAAUAACAUCGAUAUUACUCCUCUACAUUAUAGUCACAGCUACUGCAAAGCGCUUGAUCACGCCCAAAGCGCAUCUCUCAGACCGUCAGAGUGAGAAUGAACGUGUUGUUGGCGGCACCAAUGCCGAACCGGGAUUCGCUUCCUAUCAGGUAUCCAUACAAGGCAUGUAUAACAGCCAUUGGUGUGGUGGCGCCAUCAUCGACAAACACUGGAUACUAACGGCUGCACAUUGCAUUUACGGCUAUAAUCCGCCUUACUUGCGCAUCAUAACGGGUACUGUGGAGUCGGAUAAGCCACGCGCUGUUUACGAAUCAGAUGAGUAUUAUACUCACUGUAAUUACGAUAAUCCGGUAUAUUCCAAUGAUAUCGGACUCAUACAUUUGAAAGAUCCCAUCGUUUUCGAUCAAUAUACACAGGCUGUGCCGUUGGCAUCGAAGCCAUUGGAAGACAAUGCCACGGCUAUACUCACCGGUUGGGGUGACGUACAAUUAGGUGGUCCACCAGCGGAAUCAUUGCAGAAAAUCUCAUUGAAAUACCUAAGUCACAAACGUUGUUUGGAGGCGUUUGAAGAGGAGGAUAGGGAGAUACUUGACAUCGGUCAUAUUUGCACAUUCACCAAAGAAGGUGAGGGUUCAUGUCAUGGCGACUCUGGUGGUCCUCUCAUUAGUGGUGAUGAACUGGUCGGCAUCGUCAACUGGGGUGUGCCUUGCGCUCAGGGUUAUCCGGAUGCCUUCGCUAGUGUUUACUUUUAUCGUGAUUGGAUACGUCGCGUUAUGUCAGGUAGAUGUAAGGCAUGCCACUGCGAAGCAAGUAAUUAUCCGACUUUUGGGGAUAAAAAUUAAAUUGUGAAUUAAAAUACUGACUUAGUAGAAUAUUAAGAAAGGAUUUCAAUUAUGGUAUUGAUUGGUUUGAUAUUUAUUCUUUUAUAUAUUAAUUAAAUAAAUUGUUCGAGUUUUUACAAAAUCAAAACCAAAAUCUGAAAGUUUUAUGUCACCUUUGUAGGGAUCAUAGUUUGUUCGAAAACUUUAUCAAAAGCAUGGGUACUUUAGCGAACGUGUCAACUGUCGCUUAUCUUUUAUAGAAUCAAUAUCAGCUGAUCGGUCAUCACAUUAGAUAGACAAUACAUUUGAACUUAAGAUUUGUUAAAAUACCCAUUUCUUAGGCUAGAAGGUUUUACUAAUCAUCUCUUGACAUGUCUUUAAAAAAUUUUAUAUUAUUCAAAGUUCAGCGAAUUUAUUUUAAAAUAAUAAGCUUAUAUGAUCUCUUGUUGGAUGAUCAUGACACUUUUAUAGAACCAUCAUACUCAUUUUUUAAAUAAAAGACUCGGGUCUUCGGGUAUUCGAGAGAAAAAAAGGGCUAAGUUCGGGUGUAACCGAACAUUUUAUACUCUCUCAAUUUAUUUAUUUAAUUUUAUUAAUAUAACAAACAAUUUUAUACAUAUUCGGCAUAUAUAAGGUAUAAAGUCCAAUGAAAGUUUGAAAACCCUAAUAGUAGGUAUAUGGAAGCUAGGGGAAGUUAUGACCCCAUUUCACUAAUUUUUGGCACGGAGACGUAUUAUUAGAAGAAAAAUAUUCCCUCUGAAUUUCUUCAAAAUAUCUGAUAGACUUACUUAUAUAUAUUUUCGGUAAAAAUUAAUUAGAAGCUCUGAGGUCUUCAUAUUCAAUAUAUGGCGCCUUGAAUACUUAUGGUCCGAUUUCGGCGAGUUUUGGAAGGCUGAUAUCUUCACGAGUUCUUACUUUAUAUAUUGCAAAGUGAACGAUUCAGAUCGACUUCAAUGUUCUGGUAUAUGGAAAGUCGGCGUCGUUGUGAACCGAUUUGGACUAUUUUCAUCAUAUCUCAUUGGGAAGCUCAAUUCCGGUUUCGCUCAUCUUCGAACUUAAUCUUCUUAUGGUGCCAAGAAAUACGUCUUCCAAGUUUCAUCAAGAUAUCUCAAUUUUUACUCAAGUUACAGCUUGCACGGACGGACAGACAUACGGAUGGACAGACAGACAUCCGGAUUUGCACUUUACUCGUCACCCUGAUCAUUUUGAUAUAUAUAACCCUAUAUCUAACUCGCUUGGUUUUAAAAAUGUUUAUUCCCAUGUGCCAUACCCUGUCUGUGCCAUACGAUGUAUAAAAAAGUUUAAAGAGUGAAUUAUCAUUAUUUCUAAUUAUUAUAUCUAAUACAUAAGGUUACGACUUUAAUGGCUUAAACUUAAAUGAUACAACACCCUGCGUGAGCUCAGUAAACUUUAUUUCAGUCUAAUUGUAUUUCCGGUCCAAAGUUUAAGUCAUAAGAUAGGAGUUCCCUAAUGUAUCAGCCAUCAAUCAAAUAAAUUAUUAAAAUUUGUAUUUUGAAUUUGUAUCACAUUUUUACUAUAUUUUAUAAUAAUAUAAUUCAUUUAUCAAUAAUUCAACUAAAACACUUCGUAGAACCGCUCAUUAUGCGACGUAUCCAAUCCGUAUAGAAAUAGGGGCUUGCAUGCGCAUCGGGAUAGCCGAUGGCGCAAGGCAUACCCCAAUUAACAAUGCCGACCAAUUUUCCAGCGCUCACCAACGGGCCACCCGAAUCACCAUGACAUGAGCCUUCGCCAACCUUCGUAAAUGUGCAAAUAUGUCCAACAUCCAAUUCCGGAUCAUUAUUAUGCAUUUCUUUACAUUUUUUAUGUGGUAAAUAUUUCAAAGACACAAUCUGCAGAUUAUCUGGUGUAUCUCCAUACAGUUCCGUUGAACCCCAACCUGUCAGUUUGACCUCAUCGCCCUCGUUCAUCUGUUGUGUUGGCAAUGCUACGGGUUGCGUACGGUCAUUG